AAGCAACGUGAGUGAGAGCAGAGAAAAUCGAAGCUUUGCUGGAAAAGGAUUCCCAAAAUGCGCGAAAGUCCAAGCUCUACGAUCACAAACCCAACAAAGCUCAAUUGAAGCAAUUUCAGCAGCAACAUAAAGGAAAGGAUUUUCCUUCAACAUCAUCAGGUGCAGCAGCAUCAUAUACAAUGGGUCAGCCCCCGCCGCCGCCACCUCAGCCUCCAAGGGAGUCGUUUGCAAGACGUUACAAGUUCAUUUGGCCCCUUCUUUUGGCUGUCAACUUUACUGUAGGAGCUUAUCUUUUCAUGAGAACGAAGAGAAAGGACACGAGCAUGACCGAAGCAGAUGUUGAUUUGAGCCCUCCUAUUUCAACUGCUGCUCCUCCGGUUACCGAAACCCCAUUACGUGCACCACCUAUCGCACUGUAUUUGAAGGUGAUUGAACCGAUUCCGAAGAACCAGCAGCAUGAACUUUUUAAAUAUAUAUUGGAAGAGAAAAGGAAAGUCAAACCGAAAGACCCCGAGGAGAAGAAGAGGCUCGAUGAAGAGAAAGCUCUACUUAAACAAUUCAUCCGAACGAAAUCCACCUCAGUUAUGACUUGAUAAUACAUUGCUGAAACUUGGAUCUUUUAUCUU